AUGACCAAGAUGCUGGACCUCCUGGAGGACUUCCUGGAGUAUGAGGGCUACAAGUAUGAGCGCAUCGACGGCGGCAUCACCGGGGGCCUCCGGCAAGAGGCGAUCGACCGAUUCAACGCCCCUGGGGCCCAGCAGUUCUGCUUCCUGCUGUCGACCCGGGCGGGCGGCCUGGGCAUCAACCUGGCCACGGCGGACACGGUCAUCAUCUACGACUCGGACUGGAACCCGCACAACGACAUACAGGCCUUCAGCCGCGCCCACCGCAUCGGCCAGAACAAGAAGGUGAUGAUCUACCGCUUCGUGACGCGGGCCUCGGUGGAGGAGCGCAUCACGCAGGUGGCCAAACGCAAGAUGAUGCUCACCCACCUGGUGGUGCGGCCCGGCCUGGGCUCCAAGUCGGGCUCCAUGACCAAGCAGGAGCUGGACGACAUCCUCAAGUUCGGCACGGAGGAGCUCUUCAAGGACGACGUGGAGGGCAUGAUGUCUCAGGGCCAGAGGCCGGUCACGCCCAUCCCCGACAUCCAGACCUCCAAAGGGGGCGCCCUGGCCGCCAGCGCCAAAAAGCAUGGCAGCACCCCCCCAGGGGACAACAAGGACGUGGAGGACAGCAGCGUGAUCCACUACGACGACGCGGCCAUCUCCAAGCUGCUGGACAGGAACCAGGACGCCACGGACGACACGGAGCUGCAGAACAUGAACGAGUACCUGAGCUCCUUCAAGGUCGCGCAGUACGUGGUGCGCGAAGAGGACGGCGUGGAGGAGGUGGAGCGGGAGAUCAUCAAGCAGGAGGAGAACGUGGACCCCGACUACUGGGAGAAGCUGCUGCGGCACCACUACGAGCAGCAGCAGGAGGACCUGGCCCGGAACCUGGGCAAGGGCAAGCGCGUCCGCAAGCAGGUCAACUACAACGAUGCCUCCCAGGAGGACCAGGAGUGGCAGGACGAGCUGUCAGAUAACCAGUCCGAGUAUUCCAUCGGCUCUGAGGAUGAGGACGAGGACUUUGAGGAAAGGCCAGAAGGGCAGAGCGGACGGCGGCAGUCCCGGAGGCAGCUGAAAAGUGACAGGGACAAGCCCCUGCCCCCUCUUCUUGCUCGUGUUGGUGGCAACAUCGAGGUGCUGGGCUUCAAUGCCCGACAGCGGAAGGCUUUUCUGAAUGCCAUCAUGCGCUGGGGCAUGCCCCCCCAGGAUGCCUUCAACUCCCACUGGCUGGUGCGGGACCUGCGUGGGAAGAGCGAGAAGGAAUUCAGAGCCUAUGUGUCCCUCUUCAUGCGGCACCUGUGUGAGCCGGGGGCUGACGGCGCGGAGACCUUUGCGGACGGCGUGCCGCGCGAGGGCCUCUCGAGGCAGCACGUGCUCACGCGCAUUGGGGUCAUGUCACUGGUUAGGAAGAAGGUUCAGGAGUUUGAGCACGUCAACGGGAAGUACAGCACACCCGACUUGGUCCCCGAGGGGCCGGAAGGCAAGAAGCCGGGCGAGGUCAUCUCCUCGGACCCCAACACGCCGGUGCCCGCCAGCCCCGCCCACCUCCCGCCCGCCCCGCUGAGCCUGCCAGACAAAAUGGAAGCCCAGCUGGGCUACAUGGAGGAGAAGGAUCUGGGGGUGCAGAAGCCAAAGAAGCCACCAGAAAUCCAGGCCCUGCCGGCUGCCCUGGACAGAGUGGAGGGCGAGGACAAGCACGAGAGCUCAGACGGCAAGGAGAGAGCCCGGGAGGACACGGAGAAGGCCCAGCUGUCCCCAGAGCCACUGCUGAAAGAAGAGGCGCUUCUGGAGAAGGAGAAGGCGCUGGACAAGCUGGAGCUCAGCUUGCUGCACAGCAGGGGGGACGGCGGUGACUUCAGGCCAGAUGACAGCAAAGCUGAGGAGAAGGAGCCUGUGGAGACGCAGCAGAACGGUGACAGGGAGGACGACGAGGACGGGAGGAAGGAGGACAGGACCGGGAAGUUCAAGUUCAUGUUCAACAUCGCGGACGGGGGCUUCACAGAGCUGCACACCCUGUGGCAGAAUGAGGAACGUGCUGCUGUGUCCUCGGGGAAAAUCUAUGACAUCUGGCACCGACGCCAUGACUAUUGGCUACUGGCAGGCAUUGUGACGCAUGGCUACGCCCGCUGGCAGGACAUCCAGAACGACCCCAGGUACAUGAUCCUCAACGAGCCCUUCAAGUCUGAGAUCCACAAGGGCAACUACCUGGAGAUGAAGAACAAGUUCCUGGCUCGCAGGUUCAAGCUGCUGGAGCAGGCGCUGGUCAUUGAGGAGCAGCUCCGGAGGGCCGCGUACCUCAACAUGACCCAGGACCCCAACCACCCCGCCAUGGCUCUCAACGCCCGCCUGGCCGAGGUGGAGUGCCUGGCCGAGAGCCACCAGCACCUGUCCAAGGAGUCCCUGGCGGGGAACAAGCCGGCCAACGCCGUCCUGCACAAGGUCCUGAACCAGCUGGAGGAGCUGCUGAGUGACAUGAAGGCGGACGUGACGCGCCUGCCCUCCAUGCUGUCCCGCAUCCCGCCGGUGGCUGCCCGCCUUCAGAUGUCCGAGCGCAGCAUCCUGAGCCGCCUGACUAACCGCGCUGGGGACCCCACCAUCCAGCAGGGCGCUUUCGGCUCCUCCCAGAUGUACAACAACAGCUUUGGGCCCAACUUCCGGGGCCCUGGACCGGGAGGGAUUGUCAACUACAACCAGAUGCCCCUGGGGCCCUAUGUGACCGAUAUCUAGCCGCCCCCGAGACUUCCCCCUGCCGCAGCGCUCCU